AUGAAGGAUCUCCUGGAAGUCAAGACUUUCUUGGGGAUGACCAUCAAGCGAGAUAUUACGAAUAGCGUCAUCGAAAUUUCGCAAUCAGGUUACGUCGAGACGUUUCUGCAACGAUUCGAGAAUGUUUCCAUAGCAAUGGGAAAAGCCGCGCGACGGUCAGUUGCGUCAGAUCCGUCGUCGCCGACCUUGCCCUUAUUGCACUCAACAACAACAACAACAAAACCCACGUCAUCAGCUGGCGCAAGUCCAUCCUUCCCCUACUCAUCAUCGUCUUCAUCAUCGUCGUCGUUCAGAUCAACGGCAGUUCUGUUCGACGAAUCCUCCGAAAGCUCGUCGUCGUCAUUCAUUAACAGCAACAGCAUAAGCCAUCCGUCAUCCCCAUCGGAUUAUUUUCGUUAUCCACCGAAAGCUGCAACACUCCAGCAACAGCUGCCGGCAGCUAAUUCCAGUGCCCUUGAUCCGUCGCACUCGUCCUCAGCAUCAUCGGACUCGACAGGGCCAUACUAUACGCCGACCAGCACUCCGAAGCACACGACACCGGUUUUAAGGUAUGGACAAAACGGAAACUUGACCGAAAGUAGAAAUACCCCAUCAGCUAAACCGACAUCUGAGCGGGUCAUUAUCGCCUAUCAUCAUCACCUAAAGUCCUGUCCCCCACAAAUUUGCAUCCCCCUUCUGCUUUUGCCAGAGCCAGAGCCGAAUUCAGAAAUUCGAAUGUAA